AUGGCUCCACCCACGAUGCGAGCGUUUGCGACAAACGAGCGGGGGAUUUCUGGCUUUAUAUGGAAAGUUGCAACAACAUUCAGCGUCGUCCAUGUUUCGAUCAGACAAUUUCCCACGCCAACACCAAGCGCCAAUGAAGUGCUCGUCAAAGUGAAAGCAGUAGCACAGAACCCUACAGACUACAAGCAUAUUGAUCUUCUUGGUCGUCCGAACAGUAUUCUUGGCUGCGACUAUGCAGGUACUGUCGAGGCUGUCGCAGAGUCAAUUCCCUUGACUACAGCCGCUGUCUACAGUGUUUCUGCUGUAUCAGCCAUGCAAGCUUUGAACCUCCCUGUCACUGCUGGAAAAGAAAUCUUCAUCCAUGGCGGCAGUACUUCUGCAAGUCUGUUCGCCAUCCAGAUCGCCAAAAUGGCUGGUCUGCGUGUCAUCACCACUUGCUCUCCCCAUCCCAACGGUCUGGUCAAGUCCUAUGGCGCAGACCAAAUUUACAACUACAGAGACAAGUCGAGCGUCCAGAAGAUCAAGACAACACACCCUGAUCUCGCUAUGACAUUCGACGGCUUCGGUGGCGAGAGAAGCAAUGAAUUCUGUUGCAACGUCGUCGCCAGCCAAAACGGCAAAGUCGUGUCUCUGGAUCCAAUGGCGAAGAGUACUGUCAAAGGCGUCACAUUGGAGACGAUGAUCAUGUAUACAGUAUUCGGUCGUGCUUUCCAACUGGUACCUCCUAUCGGGCCCAAGCUUCCCGUCAAGGCUGAGGACCGAGCAGGUCUGGCCAGGUUCUACAGCAUAUUGCCACAGCUUGUAGAAGAGCAGAAGUUAAAACCUCCACCGAUCAAACUGAUGGGUACGGGUUUCGAUAAGAUUGAAGAAGGGCUGGGGUUUCUGAACAGCGGCAAGGUGUCGGGACAGAAGCUCGUGUUUGAAUUGUACUAG